AUGGAGUCACCGUUUUCCGAUUGGAUGGAUGUGGUCUCCGCCUACUCGGGAGAUUCAAACCAGCUGUCCCCGCAGAGUUGCACUAGCAGAUCUAUCUUCGUAAGUGGCACUAGCAUGGUGUUGAAACCGUCGGAUGUGAGUCAGAUGACGGGAGACGAGCGCCGCGUGUUUGAGUUCCCAGGACUAGACCAAUCUUUUGAUCGUUCGCGGAAAAACACAAGGAGAUAUCUGGAUUCAGCUGAUCUCUCUAGCGGGCCAAGACUUUCGCUCUCUCCAUCUUGCUCACAGGGCCGGAAGCGCUCUGCGGCCUCAGAUAUCGAGACACAAAGCAGCCUAGGAAGAUCUCCCCACAAACAUACGACCUACUACAAAGAGUACUCGCAAAGCUUCUGCACGUGGGAAGUCUCUCAGAGUUUGCAGCUUCCUUCGGUCGUAGAGACAUCACAGGUGGUGGUGCGCCAGAAUGAGCUCUGUAAAACAAUCAACGACUAUCUCGUUCUUGGACUUCUUGGCAAAGGCUCUUACGGCAAAGUUAAGCUCGUCGAAUCCAUCACCACGGGCCAGAAGCUUGCCAUGAAAAUUCUUCCGGCUCCUAAAACAAAAGCAAGCGAAAAGCGCCGUACAGCAAUUCAGCGUGAAAUUGCUGUUAUGAAGCGUCUCAAGCACCCUAACAUGGUGCGCCUUCAUGAAGUUCUGGGCAACACGAAGUCUGGCAAGCUUUAUCUUGUCCUUCAAUACAUAAGUGGUGGGACUAUAGCGAAGAAGCUGACCGGUACUUCGAUUCAGCCCAUCGAAGAAGAGACGCUCAAAUUGCAGGCGCGACAGCUGGUAAACGUUCUCAAGUACUUGCAAAUUAAUGGCGUUGUCCAUCGCGACAUCAAACCUGAUAACAUUCUUGUCGACGAAAAUGGAAACGCGUUUCUUUCCGACUUUGGAGUAAGCGCUGUCUGCACUGAUGAAGUCGUUUCUGGGGUUGAAGGUACACCCGCUUUCAUGGCUCCGGAGGUGUGUCGCGGUGAUGAUGAAGUGACGGGUCAUUUGGUCGAUGUUUGGGCUCUGGGAGCUUCACUCUUUCAGCUCAUGUACGGCGUCCUUCCUUUCAUAGCAUCGAACAUGAUGGAUCUGGCGCGACAGAUUGUAGGCGAGCCGCUCAUUUUCCCUGAUGAGGACUCCACGCGCUGGCAGCCGUUUGUCGACGAAUUUGGGUUACCCGAAGUGGCUGCGUCUACCGAUUUCAAGGAAGUCAUGCGAGGGAUGCUUGAGAAGGAUCCUGCGAAACGAUGGGGUGUGCGGAGGAUAUUGAACUCCAACUGGCUUGCCGAUUCAGAAAAGCAAACACCGAGUGAGGGCUCCUUUCGAUCAACGGAUGAGGUUUCAAUUCAGUUGGAUGUGAAUUUUUCAGAUCUUGAGGACGCAAUUGUUCCAGCUGAGAUCAUGUACAUCUGA